AGGAGGGCGGCGGGGGCGAGGCAAGCGGCCCCUUCGCGUCGCGCAGGGACGGAGACGGGUGGCUGUGCCUGGCCGGGCGGUGGAGAGAGCGAGAGUGCGGCUCCCGGAGGCUGUGUGGCGCCCGGCUGUCACCAUGAGUGAUCAAGCUUUGAGCUUCUUGAAGGACUUCCUGGCAGGUGGCAUCGCCGCUGCCGUCUCCAGACCGCGGUCGCCCCAUCGAGAGGGUCAAACAUGCUGCCUGCAGGUGUCCCAGCAUGCCAGCAAACAGAUCAGUGCUGAGAAGCAGUACAAGGUCAUGGAUUGUGUGGUGAGAAUCCCCAAGGAGCAGGGCUUUCUCUCCUUCUGGAGGGGUAACUUGGCCAACGUCAUCCGUUACUUCCCCACCCAAGCUCUCAACUUCGCCUUCAAGGACAAGUACAAGCAGAUCUUCCUGGGGGGCGUGGACCGGCAUAAGCAGUUCUGGCGCUACUUUGCUGGUAACCUGGCUUCUGGUGGGGCAGCUGGGGCCACCUCCCUCUGCUUUGUCUACCCGCUGGACUUUGCUAGGACCAGAUUGGCUGCUGACGUGGGCAAGGGUGCCACCCAGCGUGAGUUCAGUGGUCUGGGUGACUGUCUCACCAAGAUCUUCAAGUCUGAUGGCCUGAAGGGUCUCUACCAGGGUUUCGCCGUCUCUGUCCAGGGCAUCAUUAUCUACAGAGCUGCCUACUUCGGAGUCUAUGACACUGCCAAGGGGAUGCUGCCUGACCCCAAGAAUGUGCAUAUUAUCGUCAGCUGGAUGAUCGCCCAGAGCGUGACGGCGGUUGCGGGCCUGGUGUCCUAUCCCUUUGACACUGUCCGCCGUAGGAUGAUGAUGCAGUCUGGCCGGAAAGGGGCUGAUAUUAUGUACACUGGGACAGUGGACUGCUGGAGGAAGAUUGCCAAAGAUGAAGGAGGCAAGGCUUUCUUUAAAGGUGCCUGGUCCAAUGUAUUGAGAGGCAUGGGCGGCGCUUUUGUAUUGGUGUUGUAUGAUGAGAUCAAAAAAUACGUCUAAUGUAAUUAAAACAAGUUCAUUGGUUCCUGACCCAUUGUGUGGUUUAAUAGACUUUUCCUAGAGGAAG